CAGUGAAUAUAUAGCGGGUGGUGUGACGGCCACAAACAUCACUCACUUGUUGACCUCUGAAGCAGGACAUCUUCUCAGCGUUGCUCUGCCCAACACCCGUGAUGGAUCACCAAGUCUUUACCCACGAAGACUUAAUCACAGCCCAAGACUUUGGCCAGUCUGCCGACAUAGACUUUAGCAGCGUGAAACCCGAGCUGAAGAAACUACUACGGGAGGCCCACCAGGUGCGCCGUCAGGUGAAUAAGGAGGUGGAGAAGAUGAAGAACCUCUCUCAAGUGUGCCCGAGGCUGACCCCGACUUUACCCAGCAGUGAGGAAGACGGCAGGAGUAAGGUUGACGCUCACUGUGUCUAUGUUGGCAACAUUGACGGCAACAUUACUGAGGAAGACUUAAAGGAACACUUCCUGCUGUGUGGUAUAAUGAACACUGUCAACAUUGUCCGCAAGUCUAAAGGAAAAGGCUUCGCCUACAUCUUGUUCAGGGACAAGUUCUCUGUCGACUUGGCUCUGACUCUGAACGAUUGUUGUUGUAAAGGUGUUAAGCUGAAGGUGGAGCCCAAGCAAACCGGCGCCAGCACCGGUGAUCGUCCGCCCAGGUGCUCCAGCAAGAACAGACGACGCAACCAACCUGCCGGGACCCGCAGACUCUGAUUGUGUUUAUUAUAAGUUGUCAUGUAAACUGUUCUUCCUUAACUUUAUUAAUACAAUGUUA